UUUAUCUACACUAAUUUUUGUUUAUAAUAAACGCUAAGUACAAAAAAUAUAUCAAUAGUUAAUUAAUAAUGUUUCAUAAAUAAAAAAACAGCCAGUGCAAUAAAUUGUUGGAGAUGAAUUUAAUUAAAAUCUGUAUUUUAUAGAAUAGAAUAAAUAAAAGUACAAAGAAAAACUCUAGGAUACUCAAUGACGACGGUUGUUUACCCGGGAAAAAUAUCACCGAGAUGCCGAUGUUACAUGCUCAGAAUAUUUACUUAGGGUUCAUAAGUAUUUUAUUGUUAUGUAAUGGUAUCAUUGAAGCAAGCGAUGGAUUGGAAACUGACAGCAUUAAUCCCGUGGAAUGUCAAUUGGGACGGGCGUUGAGAAAGCAGGUUAAGCCUACGCCACUUGGUGGCAUGUGUCUCAAGGACAUUGUCAUACGUUUAUCAAAAACUCUGCGUUCAAUUGGUAACGAUGAACUAGGACUCGUACAAUUCCAACGUAUGCUUGACCAACUUGAUUUUAUCCAAGUACCUGACGAACCAGAUUCCUCAUUGAAGACACUUGUCAAUGACAUCGACAGCCAGCUGGAAAAAUUUCUUGACAUUUUAGAACGUAGUCUGGAUAUUGUUGCUCCAGUUAUUAAAAUAAAUACUUAUGAUCAUUCUUAUCUGGAUCAUAGUCAGGAGCUUCAGGUACAGAGACUAAAAUCUGGAGAUUUUUGCAAACAAAUUGAAGAUGCAUUGGCAUUCAAUUUAAAAGACAGUGGAUGGAAACAUUUACGAGUUAUUCCAAUAAAACGACCGGGUAAAAUAUGCGGACAGGCAGGACCUGUUCGUAACAUCGGUUCUUUAUUUCUUUCCCAGUGUGAUAAACCAAGAAAUGUUAUUGUCUUGUUAGAAAAUGGAAUGUUUAUGUCAGAAGAAGAUAUUGCACUUGCCCGCGCAACCGCCAGGACAAUUGUCGAUAUGCUGUCAGAUGGAGAUUUAAUAACAGUAAUUGGAUUGGCUGAUAAAUCCUCAAUCUACUGUACUGAUACUCUUGUUAAAGCAACUGACGUUAAUAAGUAUCAAUUGAUACGUCGUAUUGAUUCAAUAGUAAGACUGGACGCCAAUGAAUCAUCUUCAGUUGAUUUUAAAUUUAUAACUAAAAGCUUACAUGAUGAUAUUGUUAUUGUCCAUAUCACAAAUACAUUUAAAGACUUAUCUAAUGUUAAAAAUAUUGUUAAUAUUAUUGCAUCGAACAAAUUAAAAGUUUAUUUUCGUACUGCACUGAUAGUAUCUGAUUUAAAACCGAGUGUUAAUGUUGAAGAGACGUUUAUCAAUGAAAGUACAGCAACUUUACCAACCAACAAUCCACUUGGUUACGACAUCGCAAGACUGUUUGCUAAUUUGCAAUGUCCGAUAAUAAAUAGAAAAUAUUUUUAUCUGUCAGAUAUAUUUUUACAACCGUAUGGUAAAACACUAGGGGUAUCAAUAGUCCGUGCUACUGAUGAUGUACUUAUAUCACUGGAUGUUAAGUUACGCGAAUUUGUUGAAAAAAUCACGUACUUUAAUGCUGGUUUUAAUAACAAUGCUGUGCUAUUUGAUAAAAAAGGCUUAGUGUGGAUGCACAAAAAUUUUCCAAGAAUAGAAACGUUAUCUGAGCAGCCGAUAAAAGUUUAUUUUCAUGACAUUGAAAAUAUUGAAAAAGAUUUCGUUGUUGAAAUGAUUGAAACACCUGCAGGAGUCAGGGAGUUGACGAAUAAAUUGAACGAAACGAUAACUGUCAGAUGGAAGCAUUUGAAGUACUUGGAUUUAAUUGUUUGUAUUAUAACUGAUUAUAAAAAUAAUGUCCGCAGGUCGGUUGCUAAAUUCCCCCCACCACUGCCAGACAAUAUACUGCAUCAUCGGCUUGAUUUGGUGUCACAAACUCUAGCUGACAGCGUCGAGUUAUGUCUGGACAGACGGAGCAUCGUGAGUCCAAGAAGCGCAGUCAUGUAUCUGUCGCCCUGGUGUUUGAAUUCAUGGCGAGAAGACUUGGCCUCGUUGAUGAACCUUCAGAGUUACAUGGCUUACAUCAAGGACGCGACGAGACUGCUGAGAAAUCCAGGACUUGGUCCGUUUGUAAGACGGGACGCAGCGAUGCUGGCGCAGAUAAUUGAUCAUUGGAAAGAACGUCAUGACAAGAGUCCGUCAAAAAUGUUUAUAUUGAGAAGAUACGUGGCUGCUGUAGAGAGUGGAGUUGCUGAAGUUUAUCCAGGAUUGGCGAUGGACUCGAGUCUGGAUCCAAGACGACGUGCUUGGUAUGGCAAAGCCAUUGAUCAUCCUGGUAAAAUAAUAUUGACUAGUUCGUACUUAGAUGGUGGAGGUGCUGGUUAUGUUGUAAGUUUAAGUCAGACUAUUUACGAGGGACGACGAUCUACAAUUCAUACUCAACAAGAUCCAGUGGUUGCUGUUGCAUCAAUGGAUUUUACAUUAGGUUUCGUCGUGAGAUUAAUUCGAGACAUGCUGCCAUUUUGCAAUGAAUCUAUGAUUAAAUGUUUCUUGAUGGACGACAAAGGAUACCUGGUCUUUCAUCCGUCACUUUUGGAACCAGCUGGUAAAUUAGAGCAGCAGCAUUUGACUCACAAAGAACUUUUAGUAGCAAAUGAUAUUUUAAAUCAUGAAUUUUUUGUAAAGAAAAAAAUUUGUGCUAAUUUUUUGGAUGGUACUAUCGAGAGAUAUUAUCAAUUCAAUACAUCUCUAGAAGAAGUUCUGACGAAUAUUAUUCACGGGGAGCAUUGUGUCAAGUAUCAAUUAGCUGCGGUACCGGAUACCAACCUCUUCUUUGGAGUAGUCAAUGAAACUUGCACUUUACCAGCGUUCUGUCCGUGCAAUACCAUGGCUCGGUCUUGCCUUAAUUGCAAACGAAUGGAGCAAACUGAAUGUGAAUGUCCCUGUGAAUGCUCUCUAUACUCUUCAGGUUGUGAACCCACGAAUAUCAGCAAUAUUGAGCCUUGUAGGCCGCCUUACGAGCAGGGAAUAGUACCAACUACUCGCUGGGAUCGAGUGACUGUUCCAGAACAACUAAAUCUUCAGCAGUGUCCGUCGUCAGAUUGCAAAGCAUACGGAACAGAGUCAGAAUGUCUGGGUAUUGUUGGCUGCCAAUGGUGUUCAGUUGACAUCGACGGCGAGACAACUUUAGUCCAUCCAUUUUGCUCAGAUAUUAACUUAUGUUUCAAAGGAGUUUUAGGAGCGAUACUCCCGUACGCAGACGGUACUUACAAUUCUCAAUCAACUGGAGACAGUAUUGGGAAAGAAUGGCCAUCAGUUGGACCAGUUGCUGGUGGAAUUCUUGCAAUAGUUCUUAUAUUUGGCGUCGUACUUUUCUGCUACCGUCUUCACAGUGUUCAGUCUGGUUUGGAGCAUCAGUGUCUUCAUCUACACGGAUCACCUGACACUCUCCGGAUGACUCACUUGGAUGUCGGCUUGGGCGGAAGUACUGACGGCGAUCCUGUUGAACUUGAUCGGUCAAAAAAUCACUUAGAUUCUCUGUUACAUGAAAGCACACCGCCGAUUUCACCGUAUCGUGUUUCUACAAAUUAUCGGCGACCUCCAGGAGGGGACAGCGAUCAUGGCUACAGCACAAUGACACCACACGAUGAUACAGAGCAGCAAUCAUUUGCAGAACCUCUUUUACUUAUCAAUGCAACCAUGGAACCUGAAGAUGACCGUCCUGUUAUUCGUCCACCCUCACCUACAACUCGACUCGAAUCACCGCAUCGUGUUUUGGUGCCGGUUACCGUCCAUCGAAAUAUGGAAACUAAUUAUUGUUAAUUGUUGCUUUUAUGCCGCUUUAUUGCCACUAGUGUACUAUUUUUUUUAACUGCUUAUUUUUAGUACUUUUAUUUUUAAAAAAAUGUUGACUGGAGUCCAGAGUAGGGUUUAUGACAUUUAUAUUAUUUUUAAUUACUUAUUAAAAGUUUUUACUGCAAUAGUAAACUUUGAAGACUUACAAAAAAUAAUAAAUUUUAAAAAUAAACACCAACUCUGGGCUCUUUUGAAAAUAAUCAUUGAUACCAGUGUGUAUAUACCAGUUUUUUUUUAUACUCCAUUUUUUUAUGGAUUUUACGGGACUUACUAUCGUGCCAAUGAUGAAUUGAUGAUAUUUUAUAUAUUACUUAUAUAAAAAUACUUAUUAAAUUUUUGAAACGUACAGACUGAUUUUAAAAUUGCCACAUAUUUUUGUAGAUUAACAUAUGUAGAUACUAAAUAACACAAUACAUUUUUUAUAACAAUAUUUUAUUAAUAUGUAAUUAAUU